AUGUCUGCUGGCAGCCUACGUAUUUCGCAACAGAACUACUUCAGCACUCACAAUGCGCUCAGGGAAGCGUCGCCGGAGGAUAAAGGCGCGCGCUACGUGCUUCACGAGCUCCAUGGAGAGCGACACGGGGCUCUGCGCCUUUAUCCUUUCUACGAUGUACAGAUGUUGAAACGGAUGUUGGUCAAGAAGCUCAACCUCCCAGCAGGGACCACUGUAAACGACCUACGGAUCCUUUAUAAGGGGGUUGAGUUGCCAAACUACCGUACCCUGGAGACGUAUAUGAGCAAGGGAAAGUCAGAUCAUCGUCUUUUCUGGUCAUUGAGAGAAAAGAACCCCGGUGCAGGCAUACGACGUACGGGCAUCAAGACAACGACCCACAUGCAAGGGAUCAUUAACGAAAUCGCCCUAUCGUUUAAGAAUAACAUUAAGCCUAAGCUGACCAUGGAUGGUACAGGGGGAACAUACCUUCUAUAUGACAAGCAACGCAGAUGCCGUGCUGUCUUCAAACCCAUCGACGAAGAAGCUUUUGCACCAUGCAACCCUAGAGGUUACGAAGGAACUCUAAACCAGCAGGGCUUCCGCUCUGGUGUCCUUUCAGGCGAAGGUGCGAGUCGUGAGGUGGCCGCCUACCUGCUAGACUCUGCAUACGGAGGGGUAUGCGGAGUACCAGACACAACUAUGGUCGAAGCAAGUCAUCCCGCAUUCAAGAACUCAUGUGACGAACGUUUUAUCAAAGACAUCACGUCUGGGUUGAAGUGGAAAGCGGGUUCUCUGCAGGAGUUCAUCAAUUGCAAGGAGUCGAGCGGCAACUACAACCCUAGCCUCUUCCCAGUUGGUGACGUCCACCGUAUCGGUAUCUUCGACCUACGCGUGGUAAACCUCGAUAGGAACGAUGGAAAUAUCCUAGUCGUGGAUAUGAGACAACGUAUUCCCGAAACAAACAACAAUACAACACAGACUGGACCUAGGUACAAGCUGAUACCUAUCGACCAUGGUCUCAUCCUACCAGACGUCAUAGACGUCGCUGAUAUGGAUCUAGUGUGGUUUGACUGGCCACAAACUGAGCUGCCAUUCAGUAAGAAUGAACUGAAACUGAUAUUUGCUUACGACCCCGAUAAGGAUGCAGACCGGCUUCGCAAACGGUUGUUGAUUCGCCCAGAAUGCCUACGUACGAUGCGUGUAUCGGUAAGGCUCUUGCAAAUCGGAGCGCAAAUGCAUCUUAACCUGAAACAAAUUGCAAGGAUCGUUUGCCGAAGCGACGUGGAUACGCCGUCGGACCUAGAACUGAUGAUUAAAAAGGCUGUCGAAGAGGCGUAUAAAGCAACAGAAGCAACGUCGGUAAUAAACACGCGUAGACUGGGCGUGUCUCUGGAUCUCUUUAGCCAUUCUGUGCAUUUCGCUACAAAUGGCGAUGAUGUAGAACAGUUGGAGCCAACGUUUGAUGAUCCGAUGGUUGAAGUGACCCCGGUCUCUGCUAGAUCUGAGGAGUCAGAUACAUCAUCAGAUGAAUCGUUUAAAGCGGCCCAAGAAGAGAUUUCUUAUCCAAUGGCAACUUUUCAGCACCAAGGCGCCCACGAGCUUAAAUAUCGCGAUAUAGUAAGAACAACCUACCGCCGACGAAGACCUAUGCAAGAGGAGCGUUCCAUAUGGGUUUUGGAGGAUAGCAAAGGUCGUCAGGUACAUUUCGAUUGGGAUGAACAUUUCGAACGCAUAUUCUACGCAACUGUAGAUCGCAUAUUUACGAGUUACAUCGAACAGUACCAUCCCGGGUGGAGUUCUUACCCGUACUGUGGAGAUGGUGACGAGAGGUUUCCGUGGUCGACGCAUAGCACAUUAACCAUUCCCCCCUCUGAGCGACGGAGUAAAAGUAUCCGAUCGCCAAACGGAUGA